AUGAUGACAGAAUACAAUCCACAACAUGGUCAUCGUGAUUAUCAACAACAUGAUCAACGUGAGCAACAACACGAUCAUCGUGACCAACGACAAUAUGAUCAACCUGACCCACGUGAACAACAACAACAGCAACAACAGCCACGUUUGACUGGACUUGAACGUGGUCGCUCUAUUAAAUUAAUGAGAAAUGGAGAUUCAUUUUUUUCUGGACGUUCAUUUGUUAUUAAUCAACGGAAAUAUCCAAUGCUUGAAGUUUUCUUAGAUGAUGCAUCACAAGCAUUAAAGGCCAAUUUUGGUGCUGUUAGAUGUAUUUAUACACCUAGAAAUGGUACUCGAUUACAUGAUAUAUCUGAGUUAGAAGAUCAUCGAACUUAUGUUGCCGGUGGAGGUGAAAAAUUUAAAAGACUUCAAUAUCAUGACAUUGCAGACGGUAAACGAGUUCAAGUGAAAGAUCGAACACCCCCUAGAUUACCACCUGUUCGACGUAAUGACAUUGAAGGACGAGCAUUGAAAUUAUCUCGAUCUGAAAAUGUUAUUAUUUAUGUCUAUCGAAAUGGUGAUCCUUUAACAUUACCUUCAAAAAUUCUUUUGGUCAAACCAACAUUACAAAACUGGGAAUCAGUUCUUGAUGAAAUUACUAGAAAAGUAUCGCUUAAUUAUUCAGCUGUAUUCAAAUUAUAUGCAAUGAAUGGAGAAUUAAUAACAUCAGCUCAACAACUUGAAUACAACGGCAUGUAUGUUGCAGCAGGAAAAGAACGUUUUAAACGUAUUGAAUAUCCUGAUCCAAAAACCUUCAGUCCCAAUUCAUCACCAAAAAUGUCAAGAAAAUCUGAUCGUAUUCAAAUAAAAUUACCUGUGCGACAAAAGAGAGUAGAAGAUUACGAUGAAAAUCGACCGUCAUCCGACAAGGUUCCUCCGAUACAAAAAAGAUAUACAAAAUCGGAUGGAACAAACACACAUACAGCAACAACAGCGGAUUCUCAUGGAAGUUAUGAGCACGGUGGACGUCGACGACCUGUUCGAGAAGAAUAUGACUUUUUUAAUAACAAACCGCAUCAACCUCGACGUGGUCCAGCCAAAGAAACAGAUCUCGAUCGAGAUGAUGGUGGCAUUUAUAAAGGUCGUUUAAAUCAUCGUGAUCGUGCACGUGAAAUUGAUGAGACACGCGAUACUAAAGUUGAUUUACCUGUGGAUCAUCGAGAAGUUGAAACGAUUGAAGAAGAAAAUGUUUACGGAAAUGGAGGAAGAAAACCUCGUCGGCCACAACAACCACAAACGCAAUCAAAGACUAAUCAUGCUGUUGCCAAUUCACGUCAACGUUCACCACCAGUACGAUCAGUAAAGUCUCCACCAAAGACUUAUGAUAACGAUGAUGAUGAUAAUAACCAUAACAAUAAAUUUGGAAAAACUAAUGGUCAUCAUCGUAGCAAUAAUCAUCAUAAAAUGAAUACUAAUGGUUAUGACAAUGGUUAUCAUCAUGAUACACCUCCAAUAUCAUCACAAAUAGAUGAUGAUUUAGAUGAACAACAAUCUAAUUUAUUAAAUACAAAGACUAACCAAGAAGAUGAAGAACAUGCUGCUACUGUUAUUCAAUCUCGUGUUCGUGGUUAUCUUACUCGUAAACACGCUCCUCAUGAAAAAUCUGAGAAUACUGACCAAACAACUAAUAAUCAUGAGGAACAGGAAAAUACUGAACAAUUAACUAAUAAUCGUGAGGAACAAGAAAAUACUGAACAAUUAACUUAUAAUCAUGAGAAGCAACAAAAUACUGACCAAUUAAUCAUUAACCAAGAUCAACAACAACAACAAGAAAAGGAGGCACUUAAAAAUGAAAAUGAUACACUAAAUCAACGCGAUCACUCACCAAAAACAAACAAGGAGCAUCAUCAUGAUGACGAUGACAAUGUUUAA